ACAAGGAGAUAUUUCAUACUCACUUGAACGGAACGAAAAAUGAUUUUUUAGAAUAAUGAGCUAUGAUUCUAUUUGGGAAUGCAAUGGGUAAGGUUUCGUUAAUAAUAUAGGCAUAUUGUCGCGUGCUGUGGAUUCUUUUUGGACUAAAUAUAUUUUAUAAAAAUGGAACAAAGAGGACACGGAGCAUGGUGGGAGCAGCGACGGAGGCUUUGGGCAAUGUUAGCUUUGGUUGUCUUUUGGAGCGGAGCAUCUGCACAGAUAACAUACUCCAUCUCUGAAGAGCUUAAAGAAGGAACUGUCGUGGGGAAUAUAGCUAAGGAUUUGGGAAUAGAUCUGAGCACCUUGAAGGAGAGGGGAUUUCGAAUCGUGUCUGGCUCGACGGAGCCCCCUUUCCAGGUAAACCAGAAUGACGGCAUCUUGUAUUUGCACCGAAAAAUAGACCGAGAGGAGCUGUGUGAACGGAGCAGCGUGUGUUUGAUCAACAUGAAAACCGUUCUGGAGAACCCGCUGGAGAUCCAUUAUGUCUCAGUGGAGGUGUUAGAUGUUAACGACCAUUCUCCCAGCUUUCCCGAGAAACAGAAACGGUUAGAGAUAUUUGAGUCAGCCUUACCAGGGGCGCGAUUUCAGCUCCAGGCUGCGCUCGACACUGAUGGUGGACAAUACUCAGUUCAACAGUAUAAACUCAGUCACAACGAUCAUUUCCGUUUGGAAGUUAAAGAUCGAGGUGAUGAUGGCAAAAUCCCGAUAUUAAUAUUACAGAAACCACUGGACAGAGAGGCUGUAAAGAGCCAUAUAUUGCUGCUCACAGCUAUUGAUGGAGGAAAACCUCCAAGAUCUGGAGACAUGAGAAUAACUGUAGAUGUACUGGAUAUCAAUGAUAACCCGCCUGUCUAUACAAAAGAUGCUUACUCUGUAUUGGUGAAUGAAAAUACUAUUGUUGGCACAACAAUUGUACAAGUAAACGCCACCGAUUUGGACGAGGGGCCAAACGGUUUAGUAAUGUACUCGUUUGGCAAUAGCGUGAAUAGUAAAUUACGCAAACUCUUUGAUCUGAACCCAGUAACAGGUGAAAUCAUUGUGAGAGGACUGCUAGAUUUUGAAGAAAAAGACAAGUACGAACUCGACAUACAGGCAUCGGAUAAAGGACUUGCACCAAUGACAUCAGAUAAAAGCGUAGUAAUACGGAUAGUUGACCUCAAUGACAACGCACCUGAGAUUGAGGUGACAUCAUUUUCAAGAGCAAUCGCCGAGGAUUCUAGAAGUGGAACCACAGUCGCGCUAAUCAGUGUUAAUGAUUUGGACUCUGGUUUCAACGGGAAAGUUCUCUGCACUGUGAUGGAAGACACAACUUUCAAACUAAUGCCAUCACUACAGGAUAAUAUUUACUCUGUAGUUACCAUGUCAGCCCUGGAUAGGGAAAAACAUUCUGAAUAUGAUCUAACAAUAGUAGCCACAGACGCAGGCCAGCCGUCCCUGUCAUCUGUAAAGUCUAUUAGUGUUGUAGUAUCAGAUGUGAAUGAUAACAGUCCAGAGUUUUCACUGAGUCCCUAUAAUUUCUAUGUCACUGAGAAUAACGAACCAGGCGCCUCACUUUUUCGCGUGAGUGCGUCUGAUCGUGACAUAAAUGAAAACGCUAUUAUUUCAUAUCAUAUUCUGAGAAACGGUGUCGAGGAGAAGAAAUGGUCAUCGUUCCUCAACAUAAAUCCUGAAAAUGGAAACAUACUGGCGCUAAAAAGCUUUGACUUUGAAACCCUCAAAACAUUUAAAUUCCAAGUUGUAGCUACAGACUCUGGAACUCCGUCACUAAGCAGCAACGUCACAGUGAAUGUGUUCAUCCUGGAUCAGAACGACAACGCUCCAGUGAUCUUGUAUCCAGUCAGCGCUAAUGGUUCCACUGAAGGUGUGGAGGAGAUUCCCCGCAAUGUGAAUGCAGGCCAUUUGGUGACUAAAGUGAGAGCCUAUGACGCUGAUAUAGGAUAUAACGGCUGGUUAUUAUUUUCACUGCAGGAAGUUACUGACCACAGUCUCUUUGCCUUGGACCGCUAUACAGGACAGAUAAGGACACUUCAGUCAUUCACAGAGACAGACGAGGCUGAGCACAAACUGGUCAUACUGGUAAAAGACAAUGGGAACUUUUCACUCUCAGCAACAGCUACUGUGAUUAUCAACGUUGUGGAGCCCAAAGAGGCUUUUGCAGCUUCUGAUGUUAAAAGCGCAGUAAAAGACGAGGAGGAGAACAGCAUUACAUUUUAUUUGAUCAUAACUUUGGGGUCAGUUUCAGCACUUUUUAUCAUCAGUAUCAUCAUGUUGAUUGUAAUGCAGUGCUCCAAAGCCCCAGACGAUUCCUCCAAGUAUUUACAAGAUGUGAAUUACGACGGGACACUGUGCCACAGCAUCCAGUACCGAUCCGGAGACAAACGGUACAUGUUAGUUGGACCCAGAAUGAGUAUAGGUUCUACUAUAGUCCCGGGCAGCAAUGGGAAUACUCUAGUGGUACCUGAUCACAGGAGGAGAGCUUCUGGAGAGGUAAGGAGAUGA